UCAUGAGCCAAACCCAGUCAAACAUAAAAAUGACAGCGCACUUCAUGUUCGGCCAGAUGUUUCUCGGCACUUGCAUGAUUAUUGUUGUGCUGUCAUGUGGAGUCAUCACCGUGGAAGCCGACGAUGAAGUUCCCGCGUUCUUCCUCAAAAUCGCGAAGAACGUACCUAGAAUCGGAAGGAGCGACAAGUACCACGAGUACUUUUUGAAGCAAGCGAAGAAUGUACCGAGAAUGGGGAAACGAGAGGAUUACGAUCAAAUGGUGGAAUCCUUUUACGACCGAGAGCCGUUCGCCCAACGUCAGAGGCGAAUGGUCAAUCAUGCGAGUACUUCAGGUUUAGAUUCCUCAGCAUGGGGACACUUUCCUCUAGCCAUCGAAGGGCCCCCGGAGCUCUGGCGUGCAUUAGCUUCAUACGCUAAUGAUCGAUACGGAACAUCGGGUGUGAAUGAAAUCAACAAUGACGUCUGGUCGAGAGAUAAACGAUCAACUCCAGCGUCUCCGUAAAUCCAAGUCGGAAAAUUUCUCACCAAUUCGAUAGAAUCCGCAAGCUUAAGGUGAUGGGAAUCCACAAAUUCGCAAUCUCAUAAAAAUCAAUAAACUCAGCCUGGAAAAUACCUAAUAAAUUG